CUUGUUGUUUGUCUUUCAGGUGUUCUCCAUUGUUGUUGGUUUGAGCCCAGGAGGCCACCAUGGAAAUGCAGAGUGAGUUCAUCAUCUUUUAUUUCAUCCUUUGUUUUCUUCCUCUUCUCGUCUCUUAAUUCCUCCUCUCCCUCAUAUUCCUUCCUCUCCUUUGUUGAACUGAACACAAUGCCUUCCCCCUAGUGCAAUAACAAGUAUGUUAAAUGCAUAAUAGCUAAAAGGUCACUUCCAAGUGCAGUGUUGUCCAUAAUAACUCCUCUUUGCCCUCCCUCCUAGUGCAUUAACAAGUGUAUUAGAAUAAUAGCUAAGUGCAGUGUUGUCAAUAAUAACCCCAUAACUCUCCCCUCUUUCCCUCUGUAGUGGGCGAGCCCUGAGGGCACUAACAAGUGUGUUAAAUAUAGAUAUAUAUUACUUCAAAGUGCAUUUCCAUACUAACCUCUCUGCCCUCCUUCCCUUCGUAGUGGGCAAUGACGGGAUGGUGAAGGUGAAUGAGUGGCAGCAGACAUACUAUGCCGGGGACUCUGGGAUCCAGUCAGGAGCCACCACAGUGAGGACAGAUAACGAUGGGACCGAAUACAGCACCAAGCACUACAGCACCGUCACCACCACCGUCGUCUCAGAGAACCCUGCUGGUGAGACGCACACAGUUUUAAUGCUGGAAUACACGCACUCAAAUGUACAUAAACUAACAUUCAAAAGUACAACCUGCCACAAACAUGCACUCAAUUUCACUUAGGACCAUGGGGUUAAAACACGCGCACAAAAAAACAAACAUUCACACACACCUUAUUGCUGCUUAAUACUGAACUAUCAUUCAAACCCACCAUCUCAAAAUACAAACCACUCAACCCUCUCCACCUUUCCUCUCUCCUCCCUCCCUUUUAGAAGUGGAGUCUCAGUAUGCCCUGACCCGGGCCCAGCGUGUCCGAGCGGCCAUGUUCCCAGAAACGGUGAUGGAGGGCACGGCCAUCCUGUCCACCCAGACUGACCCGUCCCAGAUGACCAACGUCCAGCGCCUGGCCGAGCCCUCGCAGCUCCUCAAGACGGCCAUCGUCCACCUCAUCAACUACCAGGAUGAUGCCGAGCUGGCCACGCGCGCCAUCCCCGAGCUCACCAAGCUGCUCAACGAUGAGGACCAGGUACAGUACAGGUUGUUUGGUACAGCUCUUUGCGUCAGGGUUGGGUUCAAUUCAGAAUUUUGGAAUUGACUCCUAUUCAACUUAUGAGUUUGAAUUGAAUUGGCCACACAGAAUGUAAAUGUUUUUGUUUGAGUGACAGGAAGUAAAAUGUUAUUCUGUGCAAUUCAAAUAAAUUCCACUCAGUCAUAGAACAUGAAAGUUUAAUUGACUCAACAGGUACCAAAGAAUAUAUCACACUGGAAACAAUGUUCAUAUACUCUUUUAACUAUAGUGCUUAGAAUAGCCAAUUAUAUUUCCACCAAUGAUUUCAUAACUUGAGGGUUUAAAGUAAUGCAUUCUGGGAAAUGUAGUAUUAAUGAAAUAACUUCGAAUAUUCACAUUGAGGUUUUGUUUUCCUUUGAUCAUUAAUUUGAAGUUUGUCCUGAAAAUCAGUUGUUUCAACAAUAUUUUAUAUGCAUGUAUAUAACAUGUUUGAUAUUUUAUCUACUAGAUAUACUCUAUAUUUGACUGCACCCAUUAUAUAAUAGAAAAGGCAUUUGAAUUUCAUUGAAUUUCAUUCAAAUUUUAAUUGUAAUUCUGUAUCCUGUUUACUACUUCAAUUCAAAUUCAAUAAUUGAAUUGGAAUUUGAGGCAUUCUCAAUUCAAUUCUGAAUUGAGGUCAACCCUGCUUUGCAUGUGUAUUUGUCUUUAUCUACACCAAGCAUCUAGCCAUCAAUCCACUCAUCUGUCUCACCUCCCCCCCCCCUCCCCCCCUCACAUUGCUAUACUUCUAGUCAACCCUUGCCCUCAAUAGCUCUGCAUUUUCCCUCCAUUCAAACUAACCAAACCCCCUGUACGUCUUCCAGGUGGUGGUCAACAAAGCCUCCCUGAUCGUCAACCAGCUGACCCGUAAGGAGGCGUCUCGCCGGGCGCUGAUGUCGUCUCCCCAGAUGGUGGCGGCGGUGGUGCGGGCCAUGCAGAACACUGGGGACAUGGAGACAGCCAGGGCUACAGCCAGCAUCCUCCACAACCUGUCCCACCAGAGAGAGGGUCUGCUCUCCAUCUUCAAGUGCGGGGGCAUCCCUGCCCUGGUCCGCAUGCUCAGGUAGGAGUCUGAGGAGACGGUUGAGAGACGGUAUGGAGGGGGGAGAGAGUGUGGCGCGCAUCGUCGUGUCCCUUGCACUCUUCCUCUCUUCUACCUCUGUGUGUCCAUCGGUGGGUGAGCGAUGACAUGACUGGAUGAAAGAUGGUGUCGGUCUCUCUCUCUUUCUUUCUCUUUUCGCUCUUCUCUUUGACUCGCAAGCUUUCUCUCUCAAUACAACCACAAGAUUGACAAAGCAUUUAAUAGUAAGACUCGAUGAACUAUGUUUAUCUAUCUAAAUCCUUAAGAUAACAUUCUCCCUCUCUCUCUCUCUGUCAGUUCUCCCAUGGAGUCUGUGCUGUUCUAUGCCAUCACCACCCUCCACAACCUGCUACUGCACCAGGAGGGAGCCAAGAUGGCGGUGCGCCUGGCCGACGGCCUGCAGAGAAUGGUGCCUCUGCUGAAGAAGAGCAACCCCAAGUUCCUGGCCAUCACCACAGACUGCCUGCAGCUGCUGUCCUAUGGCAACCAGGAGAGCAAGGUGUGUGGGGUGGGAGGGGAGUGUGGGUGGGAGGGGAGUGUGGGGUGGGGGGGUGUUGGCAUGGGUGUGGUUGCCAUAGUAAUUCUGUGAGUGCAUGUGAGGAUAUGAGAUGGGUGUGGCCGGGUAGGGAUGUCUGCCCUGUGUGUGCUUGCCUGUGGUUUAAUGUGUAAGUGCAUGUUUGGGUAGGAGUGAUACAUGGAAUGUUUUGACCCUUUGAACUUUUUAACACCUUAACCCCUAAUAGAAAGGGAGGAAUUGGGCACAUCCAAACAUGCUACGAACUGGACUAAAAGUGAAUGUCCACACUGUUUGCUGCUCAUAGAAAUGCUAUCACUUGAUUCAUAUUGUUAAACUCCAUUUCCCAUCAUCCCUCUCUCUCUCAGCUGAUCAUCCUGGCUAACAGCGGUCCGGAGGGCCUGGUCCACAUCAUGAGGAACUACAGCUAUGAGAAGCUCCUGUGGACCACCAGCCGCGUGCUCAAAGUGCUCUCUGUCUGCCCCAGCAACAAACCUGCCAUCGUGGAUGCUGGUGAGUGUUUGAAAUAUAGGGGGGGUGUAUUUAUAGUUACUUAUAGAAAUGGGCAUUUCUUUUCAGUUGUAAUGCUAUGAGAUUAUGAAUGACGUACAUAUUUUGCAGUAAAAGGAGUUAGAGAAUAGAUGAUCUCUCUCUCCCACCCUCUCAUACACAUUCUAUCUAUCCUCUCUGUUUCCCUCUGUCAGGUGGGAUGCAGGCUCUGGGGAUGCACCUGACAGGCUCCAGUCCGCGUCUGAUGCAGAACUGUCUGUGGACCCUGAGGAACCUGUCUGAUGCCGCCACUAAACAGGUGAGACUUCUACCAUCCAACCUAGAGCCAUAUAGAGGCUGUUUCCACCCUGCUGUCUGUUUCUCUCGUGUCUGUCCUAACCUCUGACCUACUCGUGUCUGUCCUAACCUCUGACCUUUUUACUUACUCUUUUUACCUCACUUGGAUUUACUCUAAAUGUUCUUAUUUAUUUGAAAAUCUACUUUAUUUAUUUAUUUAUUGCAACAGCAAUGUUUUUAAUAACCUCUAAUAUAUUACAGAUAAACAAAUCUCUCUCUCUUUCUCUCUAGGAGGGUCUGGACAGUCUUCUUCAGACCCUCGUUGGUCUCCUGAGCUCUGACGACGUCAACAUGCUCACCUGCUCCACUGGCAUCCUCUCCAACCUCACCUGCAACAACGCUCGCAACAAGGCCAUGGUCACCCAGGGCAACGGCAUCGAGGCGCUCAUCCACGCCAUCCUGAGGGCGGGAGAGAAGGAGGACGUGGCGGAGCCGGCCGUGUGCGCCCUGCGUCACCUGACAUCGCGCCACUCCGAUGCUGAGGUGGCCCAGAAUGCCGUGCGCAUGCAUUAUGGUAUUCCCGCUAUCGUCAAGCUGCUCAACCAGCCCUACUACUGGCCGGUCAUUAAGGUGAGCGGGGGGGAGAGAGAGAUGAAUAGUUGACAGAUGGUUGCCCAGGGAGAGGGCUUACCAUUCAUAUAACCGGCUGCUUAAUUCGCCAUGAGGUGAGAAGUAUGAGGCAUUAGGAGAGAGGGAAAGAGGAAGACAAGGUUGUGAUGGAAGGAGGAAAAUGAGGCAUAAGGAAGAAGAGAUAACGGGGAGAGGGAGGUAGAGGGAAGGUGAGUGAGGGAGAGAAACUACACUGCUCAAAAAAAUAAAGGGAACACUUAAACAACACAAUGUAACUCCAAGUCAAUCACACUUCUGUGAAAUCAAACUGUCCACUUAGGAAGCAACACUGAUUGACAAUACAUUUCACAUGCUGUUGUGCAAAUGGAAUAGACAACAGGUGGAAAUGAUAGGCAAUUAGCAAGACACCCCCAAUAAAGGACUGGUUUUGCAGGUGGUGACCACAGACCACUUCUCAGUUCCUAUGCUUCCUGGCUGAUGUUUUGGUCACUUUUGAAUGCUGGCGGUGCUUUCAUGCAUGAGACGGAGUCUACAACCCACACAAGUGGCUCAGGUAGUGCAGUUCAUCCAGGAUGGCACAUCAAUGCGAGCUGUGGCAAGAAGGUUUGCUGUGUCUGUCAGCGUAGUGUCCAGAGCAUGGAGGCGCUACCAGGAGACAGGCCAGUACAUCAGGAGACGUGGAGGAGGCCGUAGGAGGGCAACAACCCAGCAGCAGGACUGCUACCUCCGCCUUUGUGCAAGGAGGAGCAGGAGGAGCACUGCCAGAGCCCUGCAAAAUGACCUCCAGCAGGCCACAAAUGUGCAUGUGUCUGCUCAAACG